AUGUUCGCCCCACUGAGGUUCGAGUCUGGUGUGGAGCAUCGAUUCAUCAUGGGCACAGGAAGCAGCGAACCAAUCCUACCGAAAUCAGCACUCAAUGCGAUCUGUCCUAAUGCUGUUCUAGCCCCGACUUCUGUGCGCAUUCAUGGGGUUACUGGCCAUCAGUUGCAAUUACUUGGUGAAACGAUGUUGCGUGUUCAAUCUGAAUCCGGUGUAUUAAUCCCAAUCCGAUUCCUGGUAUUAGCCCACAGUCCGUCUAUUCUGGGCCUUCGAGCAAUGCGGUUACUACAAGGAUCCAUCCCACUACACNCCAACAACGAUAUGCCAAUCACCUCACAUCUUCAACAUUUGAUUGUACAGUGUUCCGGUAACGUUGGUGGCAUGGAAGUACCGUCGGUAAAGAUGGAAGUGGACCGUGAACCUAUUUUCCCAAAACGACGCGUCCUCCCAUACAGCCAACGGGAAGGUGUACUGAAAGCAUUACAGAAAAUGAAGUAG